GGCAGCGCAGCCGAGCGGAGCCCAGGAGAGCAGAGAACGAGCCUGAGCGAGAGAAGGGGAAGCACGGAGGAGGAAGCCGCCGCCGGUGCGUCGGGACGGGAGCGCAGGUGCUCGGGCGCCCGAGCUGGAGCUCCGCAGCCGCCGGUCAUGUACCGCUCCACCAAGGGCGCCUCCAAGGCGCGCCGGGACCAGAUCAACGCCGAGAUCCGGAACCUCAAGGAGCUGCUGCCGCUGGCCGAAGCGGACAAGGUCCGGCUGUCCUACCUGCACAUCAUGAGCCUCGCCUGCAUCUACACUCGCAAGGGUGUCUUCUUCGCUGGAGGUGAGCAUGCUGGGGCUACCGCAGAUCCGAGCUGCCAGGUGCCGGAGACCCUGGAACUGAGGGAACCCACUGGGGCUGCCGCAUGUCUAGGGCAGCGUGCUGGCGAGCUGGGGAGAUUUGGGACUCGGGAGAUGCGGGACUAUCUACUUUUCCUCCUGAGCUCCCUCCAGACCUCACCUUAGUUCUGAAUGAGAGUUAGAGAGCCUGGUCGAUGUCCCUAACACCAGAUUAUGAGAGGAGAAGAGCCAGGACAGAGCUGCCUCGGUGCCCGCCAGUGCAGAGGCGCUCCGGGAGCUGGGGAGGGAAACCCGGGAAGUUGCAGGGAUGGAGCUGCCUGAGCCUAGGGGAACAUAGCCACUGUCCGCGGUGCUGAAAGGGAUCGCCUUCGGGGGCACUGCCCAUGGUGCUGACGGCUGCAUCUGCCGUGUGUGGCGCUGUCCACGGUGCUGAUCCCACAGCCCGCUUCGGAGCUCUGUCCACGGUUCUGAAAUCAGAGCCACUUUGGAGCUCUGUCCGCGGUUCUGAAAUUCAGAGGCGAGGAGUAGCCGACCCCGGUUUAGAAGUCCAGGGCUUGUGGGCUAUGGAGGAGAUACAGCAACAGGUUCCCCGGCCAAGAGGUGCGGGCAGCGGGUCAACAGGUGUUUGCAGAGGCAGGUCCACGAGAAAUUCCUCUGGAUUAUCUGAAACUCAGACCAUGCCUUCUUCACUUCUGCUUUGGCUCCCAGUCUUACUCCUGACUCACCACGUCUUCUCGCCCUACAGGCACUCCUCUGGCGGGCCCCACGGGGCUUCUCUCAGCUCAAGAACUUGAGGACAUCGUAGCGGCCCUACCCGGCUUUCUGCUUGUGUUCACAGCCGAGGGGAAAUUGCUGUACCUGUCUGAGAGUGUGAGCGAGCAUCUGGGCCACUCCAUGGUGAGUGCUGAGGGUCCUUUCAGCUGAGGCUGGGCAUGGAGGGGGUGCCAUGAGCCUUCCACUCCUGAGGAACUGGGAAUUACUAUGGAGGAAGAGGUUAUACCCUACUAGACACUAUAGAUCAAAGAUUGGCUUCUGCUGUUCUCACUAAUGGUCAUCUCUUCUUUUCCUUCCUCCAGGUGGACCUGGUUGCCCAGGGUGACAGCAUCUACGACAUCAUUGACCCAGCUGACCACCUCACUGUGCGCCAGCAACUCACCCUGCCCUCUGCCCUGGACACUGAUCGCCUCUUCCGCUGCCGCUUCAACACCUCCAAGUCUCUCAGGCGCCAGAGUGCAGGCAACAAACUGGUGCUUAUUCGAGGCCGAUUCCAUGCUCACCCACCUGGGGCCUACUGGGCAGGAAACCCCGUGUUCACAGCUUUCUGUGCCCCAUUGGAGCCAAGACCCCGCCCUGGCCCUGGCCCUGGCCCUGGCCCUGCCUCACUCUUCCUGGCCAUGUUCCAGAGUCGUCAUGCUAAAGACCUGGCCCUACUGGACAUCUCUGAGAGUGGCUGAGAGUGGAGAUAUUCAGGCAGAGAUGGUGGUGAGGUUACAGGCCAAGACUGGAGGCUGGGCAUGGAUUUACUGCCUAUUAUACUCAGAAGGUCCAGAGGGCCCCAUUACUGCCAAUAACUACCCAAUCAGUGACAUGGAAGCCUGGAGCCUCCGCCAGCAGUUGAACUCUGAAGAUACCCAGGCAGCUUAUGUCCUGGGCGCUCCGACCAUGCUGCCCUCAUUCCCUGAAAACAUUCUUUCCCAGGAACAGUGCCCCAGCACUAACCCACUCUUCACCACAGCCCUGGGGGCUCCCAGAAGCACCAGCUUCCCCAGUGCUCCUGAACUGAGUGUUGUCUCUGCAUCAGAAGAGCUUCCCCGACCCUCCAAAGAACUGGACUUCAGUUACCUGACAUUCCCUUCUGGGCCUGAGCCUUCUCUCCAAGCAGAACUGAGCAAGGAUCUUGUGUGCACUCCACCGUACACGCCCCAUCAGCCAGGAGGCUGUGCCUUCCUCUUCAGCCUCCAUGAGCCCUUCCAGACCCACUUGCCCACCCCAUCCAGCACUCUUCAAGAACAGCUGACUCCAAGCACAGCGACCUUCUCUGAUCAGUUGACGCCUAGCAGUGCAACCUUCCCAGAUCCACUAACUAGCCCACUGCAAGGCCAGUUGACUGAAACCUCAGUCAGAAGCUAUGAAGACCAGUUGACUCCCUGCACCUCCACCUUCCCAGAUCAGCUGCUUCCCAGCACAGCCACCUUCCCAGAGCCUCUGGGCAGCCCUGCCCAUGAACAGCUGACUCCUCCCAGCACAGCAUUCCAAGCACACCUGGACAGCCCCAGCCAAACCUUCCCAGAGCAACUGAGUCCCAAUCCUACCAAGACUUACUUUGCCCAGGAGGGAUGCAGUUUUCUCUAUGAGAAGUUGCCCCCAAGUCCUAGCAGCCCUGGUAAUGGGGACUGCACGCUCUUGGCCCUAGCCCAGCUCCGGGGCCCCCUCUCUGUGGAUGUCCCCCUGGUGCCCGAAGGCCUGCUCACACCUGAGGCCUCUCCAGUCAAGCAGAGUUUCUUCCACUACUCUGAAAAGGAGCAGAACGAGAUAGACCGUCUCAUCCAGCAGAUUAGCCAAUUGGCUCAGGGCAUGGACAGACCCUUCUCAGCUGAGGCUGGCACUGGUGGACUAGAGCCACUUGGAGGACUGGAGCCCCUAGACUCCAACCUGUCCCUGUCAGGGGCAGGCCCCCCUGUGCUCAGCCUGGACCUGAAACCCUGGAAAUGCCAGGAGCUGGACUUCCUGGCUGACCCUGAUAACAUGUUCCUGGAAGAGACGCCCGUGGAAGACAUCUUCAUGGAUCUCUCUACCCCAGACCCCAGUGAGGAAUGGGGCUCAGGGGAUCCUGAGGCAGAGGGCCCAGGAGGGGCCCCAUCGCCUUGCAACAACCUGUCCCCAGAAGACCACAGCUUCCUGGAGGACCUGGCCACAUAUGAAACCGCCUUUGAGACAGGUGUCUCAGCAUUCCCCUAUGAUGGGUUUACUGAUGAGUUGCAUCAACUCCAGAGCCAAGUUCAAGACAGCUUCCAUGAAGGUGAGUCAGCCAAAAGGUCCAAGAACUCAAAUCCCUCUCCUGCCAAUGAAAUGCUGGGUAGAAUUAGGUAAAUCAAUUCCCCCUCUCUGUACCUUGAUUUUAUUAAGGGGAUGACAUCCACGGCUGCAGAGAGUAGCAGUGGGGAUAGGAAAAAAUGAAAGGCUUAAUAUGAAAGUUUGAACAAGUAGACAUGGCAGGGGCUGAGGCUGUGGGAUAGAGUGGUAGAGAAUCCUUAAGGAAGGGCUUGUGCUUAACUCCAUAAGAGUCCUAGGUCAGUCUUCACUACCCCACUUUACAGAUGGAAAUAAUCAAGGUCCCAGAGUUAAAGAAACUUUCCUUAGGGCACACAACAAACUUAUGGAAGAGGAACUAGAGCUCCAUCAUAGUAUCCUAGCUCCCUGAAAGGGAUACAGAGCAAGAGUUUAUAGAAGUUGGUAAAAGAAAGAUGAGGCUCAGCCCCUGACUCCAUUGAGGUAGCUCCCUGGUUACAGCCCCAUCCUUCCUAAACUACAGCCACGGUUUCACUCCAUCCAUCCAAAUUGCCCCCUAAUCUGCUGAGCCUCUGGCCAUCGUUUCAUCAUUGAGCCAACAUCUUUGAAGCCCAUAUUAAUACCAACACAUUCUCAGCCCCAGGAUCCUCUGUCCUUAUUGGCCUAGCUGAUUGUGUUCUCUCUCUCUGUCUCUCUGCAGAUGGAAGUGGAGGGGAACCAACGUUUUGAAUAAGUCUGUGACUUAACGUCGUCAAGUAUGGCAUAUUGUCAUCAAGACGUGGAGCCGCUCUCCACCCCCCCGGGACUGUUGGGGGGAUUCUGGGGGCCAGAGGGGGAUAUAUAUGAUUCCCCAGGCCCUGCAGGAUUUGGGGGGGGGAGGUGGGAGGGCAAGGGAGGGGAGCUUCUUUUUAAAAUCAGAGACUUCGAGCGAUCCCAGUUUCCAUUUCAAUCUGUAUUCACUCGUAGUGAGUUUCCUUGAAUGGGAUUUCAAGCGGAGAAUGGGGGAGUCUCACUUCCCCGCCGCCUUGCCCCAUUGGCCUGGGCCAGUUCUCCACUCCUAGGGGCCAAGCCACCCCUAGGCCUUGGUGGGGGAAAGGCAAGGCCCACCCGGGCCAGCCCGUGCCCUGAGGGGCUCUUGACACCCACGUAGAAUUCUCUACACACCAGUAACGGGAUUUCAAUUCCGAUGGACUCUGCCGCCCUGGCGGCCCUUCCUGUGACUUUUGCGCCCCGCGCCUGGGGUGGGGGGUGCGAAGAGACGCUACGUUCCUUUCCGAUGGAGGAAGGCAGACCUGCCGUCACACGUGUGCUUGCACGAGUGCGUGUACCUGGUGCGGGACUCACCCGGCCGCCAGACUGCCUGGGCCUGCCCAGAUGGCCACCUCGUGGUGCUGCGGUGACUUUGUAGCCAACUUUAUAAUAAAGUCCAGUUUGCCUUUUUGGUA